AUGCUUCUCUUCGUGGAUGAUCCUAGUGAUCUCAAAAUAAUAAACCAUCUAUUUCAUUUUAUAGUAUGCUAUAAAGGCAUUAAUCAUAAUAGUAGUAAAUAUGGACCAAAUUUCAGUGAAGGUCCUGAAUUACAUGUUCCAACAGCA